AUGGCCAAAAAUUAACAUCGAUCAACAAACAAAAACAUUCAAAGGUUGAACCGGGGCAGUAGGCCCCGGUAAUACCUAGUAUCCCUAUAUAAAUUCUUAAACCCGCCGCCUCCCUCAGUGUUCUUGGACGAGAUAGAUAGAUAGAUAGAUACCGCCGUUUUGGUUUCAAAGGGUGGGAUAAGAAUUUUUGGGGCUUGGACCUGAUCAACUGUAGCCAUGGCAACACCGUAAAAUUCAUCAUCAAGUUAUGUAACCAGAACAAACAAGGAUUUGAAAAUUCAUGAUAUCCAUGUCCCUGCUGCAACUGCCAAUUUCUCUAUGUGUCAGCCCAAAUCUAAACAACAAAUUGAAGAAGAAGAUGAUGAUGACUUCUCUGAUAGCUCUUUAUCUGAUGCUCACCCAGAGGAGUAUCCUAUUGCUGUCACUGCUGCCACUGAUAGUGACUCUGAAUCUGAAAACAUUGAAGAAGGCGUUGACAGAACAACAACCCAGUCAGUCUUUUAUCCAAACAAGAGGAAGAGGGGUGAAACAAAUACCCGUUCAGAGGAGCGUAAGAAGGACUGAAGCUGACGAGCCUUCUACAUUCCAAACCAAGUCUAAUUUGUUAUAUAAGUAUGUACCAUGGUGUAGCAAGUCAUCUGUCGACACCCAAGGAAAGGAGAGUUGGAUAGAUUCUUGGUCUUCGGAACAUGGGAAGGAACCUGAGGAGGAUCGAAAAGGGUAUCACUAUCUAAACAUAUACGGUUUUUACAAGAAGGACACAGGAGUUGGGGGUUACGGUGUUAUUUUGCGUGAUCCAUGUGGAAAGCCAGUAGUUGCCUCUGCUUCUGUGCAACAAAAUGGAGAAUCUUAUUUCUAUCAUGUGUUGGAUGGGGUGAAGGACGGCCUUGCACUUGCUUUGCAACAUCCCUAGGAAUGACCUAAUAUCUUUUACGGUUUUUGGGACCUGUAAAGUCUUAAUAAGGUCUAUUCUGGCUUUGUCUACCUCUAUACCCUUUGAAGAGACGA